UCAGCUCGCAGCGGAUUAUUUAAAUGCUCGGCAAACGGUCACACUCGAACGAGACGAAGACGACGACGACGCAACUUGUAGCAGUAAAAAUAUUUAUACGAUUUUGCCGUGUUUAAACGAUUUAACCAAACUAAUAUUUAUUUGCAAUCAAAGUGAAAAUGUGAACGUUGUGUUUGCUUUCGAAAUGACAUCAAUUUAAAAUGCAUUUCAACGCAAUAGCUCUCUGUGAAAAUUUCGUACAGGCAAAAAAGAGCCGAUUUUUAGUGGAAGAAGAAGCAGCAGCAGCAGCAGCCGAACAGGCAGUAAAAGCAAUCGUCGAAUACACGGACAAAGCGCACGGCGAAUGAAAGGCGUGUGAAGAGAAAACUUGCAAAAAUUACAGCAGCAGCAACAACACAGCGGCGGCAGGCAAAAAAGUGUGUUUAGAAAAGAAAUUAAAAACACACGAACAUAUACAUACACACAUCCAUGCAAAGCGAAUAAACAUACACACACACACAGGCGCAUAAAUACAAGAGAAUUGGUGCAAAAAGCUAAUAAUAAAAAAACGAAGUAAAAUAGCGCGCGGUUUAAUAAUAAAUAAUUAUAUGUAUGCGCGCAAAACAUGUGAAGAGCCGGGGAGCCGCUAAUACAAAUACGAAUACGAAAAAUCAAUGAUUGUAAUAAAAUUCCGUAUUCUCGCUAUCGCUCCUCCCUCUCGCCCUGCCGCUCUCGCACUCGCUCCCGCUCUCUCUGCCUCUCUUCUACUCUCUUUCGCGAGCGCAGCAGCAGCAGCCUCUCGAAUUGUGUGUUUGUGUUUCUUGUUGAUUUUGUGAUAAAAUUGCAAUCAGCAGCACACGACACUCGCCAAAAUAAUAGUAUUCAAAGUAUUAGGGCGUUCACAAAACGACAGAUAGCCAAAGCCAACAGUAAACAACAAAGUGGUUGUGCAAGAAGAAGCAGCAACAAUCAGGCAAAAAAAUACCUGAAAAAAAUAAACGGUAAAACGAAGAAGUGGCGACACACACACGCACACACGUACGGCGAGAGCGCGCUAAAAAGUUUAUUAAGUAAAAUCGGAAAAGUAAAGGCAGAAGUAAAGACCACGGUGCGUUUCAUUCUCCAUUCGCAAAAAUAUAUAUUUUAUUAAAAAUGGUGGAAGUAAUAGAGCGGCGGAGAACGGCUGCGUGAGCCAAAGCGCGGCCAAUUAAAAAACAACAACAGCACAGCAGCAGCCGCUAAAGGGAAGAAGAAGAAGACGUCGACGACGAAGAAGCUGAAGCUGAAACAACCGAAGAGGAGGCAGCAAGACAGCAAGAGCCUCGAAAAGUACAUAAAAAAAAGUAUAAAAAUUUAAAUACGCUCGAAGUCGGUAGACAAAAAGCGAACUAGCGACGAAAGAGAGGCGAGAAAACCCAAACUCCGAGUUCAGAAAACCACCUUACCCAGCGCAACAAUAGCAACAACAACAGCAACAUCAUCAUCAACAACAACAGCAGCAGCAACAAAACGCAACUACAGCCAGCAACCAACAUCACACACACAAAAUGUACGGCAAAUCAAAGACAUCGGCGGUUCCAUCGGACGCCCAGGCCCGCGAAAAGUUGGCCCUGUACGUGUACGAGUAUCUGCUGCACGUUGGCGCCCAGAAGGCGGCACAGACAUUCCUCUCGGAGAUCCGAUGGGAGAAGAACAUAACGCUGGGCGAGCCGCCGGGAUUCCUGCACACCUGGUGGUGCGUCUUCUGGGACCUGUACUGUGCGGCGCCAGAGCGCCGGGAUCAGUGCGAUCACAGUUCGGAGGCCAAGGCCUUCCACGACUACGGCUUUGUUAGCUCCGGCUACGGAGUGAAUGGAAUUGGACCGGGUGGACCCCACAAUGCUGGUGGACCAGCGCCCAGUCCCCUGGGACAGAUGCCACCCGGCGGCGAUGGCGGUCCAAUGGGUCCCGGCGGACCGAUGGGGCCGAAUUUCUUCCCGAACUCGACGAUGCGGCCGUCGCCGCCGACGCACGCCUCCAGUCCGCAGCCGCCGCCGUCGCAAAUGAUGCCAGGCCAGCCGCCGUUCAUGGGCGGACCCCGAUACCCGGGCGGACCGCGGCCCGGCGUGCGUAUGCAGGGCAUGGGCAAUGAAUUCAAUGGACCCCCCGGCCAGCCCAUGAUGCCCAACAGCAUGGAUCCGACACGGCCAGGCGGAGGGAUGGGACCGAUGAAUCCGCGCAUGAAUCCGCCACGCGGUCCUGGCGGCAUGGGACCGAUGGGCUACGGUGGACCAGGAGGAAUGCGCGGCCCGGCACCGGGACCUGGCGGAAUGCCGCCCAUGGGCAUGGGCGGAGCGGGCGGAAGACCGCCGCAAUGGCAGCCAAACGCAUCGGCGCCACUGAAUGCGUACUCGUCAUCAUCGCCAGGAAACUAUGGACCCGGAUCGAAUGGACCGCCGGGACCGGGAACGCCCAUAAUGCCGUCGCCGCAGGAUAACACGCAAGGCGGACCAGUGGGCGGACCCGGCGACAGCAUGUACGCCCUGAUGAAACCCGAGUUCCCGAUGGGCGGAGGGCCGGAUGGCGGCGGUGGCGGAGGAGGUCCCGGCGGAAUGGGACCGAUGGGCGGCGGGCCAAAUUCAAUGGGCCCCGUACUUAAUGGCGGCGGCGGUCCGGACGGAUCCGGUUUGGAUGGCAUGAAAAACUCGCCGGCCAACGGAGGACCUGGGACGCCGCGCGAAGACUCUGGCAGCGGCAUGGGUGACUACAAUCUGGGCGGAUUCGGCGGACCCGGCGAGAACGAUCAAACGGAAUCGGCGGCCAUUCUGAAGAUCAAGGAGAGCAUGCACGAGGAGGCCAAGCGGUUCGAGAAAGACACAGAUCAUCCGGACUACUUUAUGCCAUAACAACAUCACCAGCAACAGCAGCAGCAGCAGCAUCAGCAGCAUCUCAACACGGUGGCAGCCGCUGUGGCAGCUGUGGUGGCGGCUGCGGCGUCCAACGGAUCGGCGGCGGGCAGCUCCUCGGCCGCUUCCAUUGCGGCUGCUGCUCUUGGGGCCGCCGCCUCCAAUCUGCUCAGCAAUGGCAACAACAAUUUCUGAAGGCGAUGACCACACGCAACACCACAACACGCAGCAAAUAAGAACGCGGUAGUAGAAAUCCUUGAUACAUAAGCAUAAAGUAAUUAACAUUUAACGCAUGUAUGAGAAAUAGAAAAAGCGAAGCAAAAAAAAAAAAUAAGCGAAAAAGCAAAGCCCUUAAAUAUAAUAGACUAAAACAGCAAAUGUAAAAUUGUGAAAGGAUCAAACGGGCCACUGCCACUGUCACUCGUCCUUAGUCCUGGACUUCGCGCUGUAGAUUUUAGAUUAGUUCGUUUCGUUCUUGUAUUCUAUGUUUAACUUUAAUUUUCGAUCGGAAAUUUUAACUCGUAAAGAAUUGGCAGUGGAACUCAGGAGAAGGCCGCAGCUGGGCAGUGGCCAGUGGUCAGAAUGGACGUGUUUUCCGGCAAAACUUGAGAUAAUACUGAAAAGUAAUGAAAACAAAACCAAGCAACAAAAACAGUAAUCGUAAUGAACAAACAAAUGCGGUCGAGCAUCAGUAAGUCGAACUAGAUCUACGAAUAUAGUUCGCCUUGCGGAGGUUCGUCUGUGUGCUUAAAGUAAUGUUAAACAUGUAUGCAACAAGUUUAGUGAGCCUUGUGUUUAGUUUAGUUGUUGCAAGCACUCACCUGACUGCAAACUCCCAAGAUCCCAAUUAUAACCAUUCGAUUCACUUGCUCAUGUAGAAAUCAGCCGAUACAACAGACCACAUAAUCGCAGAUCAAUUGUUUUCCUUUUUUUUCAUAGCAAGGCAGCAAAACGAAAGCAAGCAUAUAAAUGGUAUAAUUAUAAUGAUAUGCAUAAUACCUAGUUGAGUAUAUAGUUAGCAUUAUUGGACUUGUAUAUGGAGAUAGUCUGUAACCAGCCACACUCAUUCACGUGCACUCAUCUUGAACUUGUCUAGAUCGUUUGGCUUGGCCCAAAAUUUUAUACGUUUUCGAUUCUCAAUUCUAAUUCCAAUUCUAAUUGUACAAAUUGUAAACGCCUCUAUUCAGUCUGCCGUCUGUUUGUUUGGUUUGUUUCGUUGUCGAUUGUUCGAAAAACGUAUUUGUUGUAUUGUUUUGUGUCUUUAUGUCUCACCCAUUUGUGUCGUGUAUAUGCGUUCGUAUGUAUUUAUAUAUUUUAACCAAACAACUAAAAUGAAAAUCGUUAUUUAAGUUCCUUCCAACGGCGAGCAAUACCAUUUGUAUGGCAUGAGCAUUGAGAUACAAUGCGAUAUGCGCGAUUUUCCUCACCUUGGAGAGCGGCGGCAGUUUGCACUCGUUUCGAUUUCCUCACCACGGGCAUUGUGUGUGCAUUAGGGCGGCGAAUGAAAAUUAUAUGGAAUGCUAUAGCUAUAUGUAAACAUUAUAUAUAGACAGAAAGAAGCAGAAGCCGAUACAGAUGUAGCCUAUUGUAUGCACUAAUUUAUUGCAAAAUAGCUACGCGCAUAACUAUAAGAUUUAGCUGUUUAAUAUGCAUAUAAAAGUAUAUAUUAUAUAUUUCGUAAAGCGAAAAGCAGCGCAGAUGCAGCAACCAAUUGUAGAAAACAUAACCUAAUGAAAAGUUUACUUCAAAUAUCACACUUAACUUGAAUGCUGUACAAACAAAAGUCUUAAAGUGCAUAAUAUAUAUAUAUAUAUAUAUAUAUAUAUAAAUAAAUCUAAUAUAUACACAUUGUAUAUGUCUGUGCUAGCAUCCUUUUUAGCGAUACAGCAGCACACUUAGCAUUCAUAGAGAAACCAACCAACCAACCCGAUCCCGAACCCAUAUAGUAGCAUUAGAAUCGAAGCUAAUCUAUAAGCCCAGCAACAUAAACAAAUCAAAAGGAAUAUAUACACGGAGAAACUAAUUUCUUUGGAGCAAACACACACACACACACACCACAAACUACACACUCACACACAAAUCAAUUGAUAAAUUAAUUAAACAAGAAAAAUGGAAAAGUCUAUUUUAAAUAUUGUAUAUGUUUAAUGUGUCGGAAUUUAUAAUACGAUCGAGAGCGGAGUGAAGAAAUUUAUAGUAUGUGCUGCAUGAAUUAUAUCUAAAUUAUAGUAUGGAAUGCAAGCGAAAAACUUAAAUAGUGACUAAGUUAAAUUUAUUUACUAACGCUUUGGGUUUGAGCGUUUCAAUUGCUGGAUCUAUAUAAACCACAAACAAACAAAAAAUUAUAUAAGUGUAAUGGAGCGGAAUUAAGUAAACAAAAGGUAUAAGUCGCCCCACAACCACAAAUAAUAAAAACAAAACAAAAAAAUGGCAAAAAGUAACACGGAAAAAUCGAGAAAAAAUAUGAAGGGAAUACAAAACAAAAAACCGAUUGAAUAUGGAAUAUGUUUAAAUAAGUAUUUUAGUGUUAAUUAUACAAUUUACAA